GGGUGUCUCCCCCCGCACCGUGCUCACCCCCUCCUUCGCUGGCGAUUCGACCAGCUGUGUGUACGGUUUACAGCGGGUUUCUCCCCCCCAGUAGGCCUACAUCGCUUCUCUCUGCGGCGACGACAUCGUCGACGCUGCGCAGUCUCCUCGUUGUCGGGGGAAAAAGAAAAGCCCGAGCCCCCGACGACAUUUUUCUUCUGCUCCGCGCCUGUCGUCUGGAUCUCGCCUUGGGCUAAACCUAAGUUUUGCAGCUGCGAGGGCGCGGCUGGGGCUGCUUUGCCUACUACCACCGGCCGACAGCGCUUGGAAAACACAUCCUCGCGCCGUGCUCGGCGAUGCUCAAGCGUAGGAAAUCGGAUUACCUGUUCAAGUUCCUGGUGAUUGGCAGCGCGGGAACGGGGAAGUCAUGCCUUCUCCACCAGUUCAUUGAAAACAAGUUCAAAGCAGAGUCGAACCACACCAUCGGUGUCGAGUUUGGCUCCAAGGUGGUGAAUGUUGGCGGCCGGUCCGUCAAGCUGCAGAUUUGGGACACUGCCGGCCAGGAACGAUUCAGGUCUGUGACCAGGAGCUACUACCGAGGAGCUGCGGGUGCCUUGCUGGUGUACGACAUCACGAGUCGGGAGACGUACAAUGCCCUGACGAACUGGCUCACGGAUGCGCGCACUCUGGCAAGCCCCAACAUCGUCAUUCUGCUCGUGGGAAACAAGAAGGACCUGGAGGAUGACCGCGAGGUCACCUUUCUCGAGGCGAGCCGGUUUGCCCAGGAGAAUGAGCUCAUGUUCCUGGAGACCAGUGCCCUGACGGGCGAAAACGUGGAGGAGGCGUUUCUCAAGUGUGCAAAGACAAUACUGGCCAAGAUCGAGUCUGGUGAGCUAGACCCCGAGCGCAUCGGAUCGGGGAUCCAGUACGGCGAGGCAACGUUGCGCAAGCUGAACCGCUCGCAGCAGCAGAGGCGCCCAGGCGCAGAGUGUUCCUGCUGAUGUCAAGAUGCGACCCGCUUUUGUUCCGCGAUGCCUGUCAUCUGCACCCCCCUUCUCAACACGGGGGCGCCCUCUUCUCUGCACACCUUUGGGAGGACGAAGGCUGCAAGCUGCUGCUGCGUCAUGCGCCGCAGUGUCCUUUGUUUGCCGAUUCUCAAGUGUCUCCCCCUAUGCUGUCUUUUUUUUUUUUUACCCUCGUCUCGUCUCAUGUUCUUGAUUACGAGCUCUCUUCCUCAUUCGUC